CCACGUUUCGUUUCGUUUCGUUUUAUCUUUUUGUGCUACGGAGAUGAGAGAAGUCACGCCCAUUCUCUGCUUUGAGUUACACACCGUGUCACCUCUCGCCCUUUUUCUCCCUCUCUAUCUGAUCCAGAUCUUGAAUUCGGCGAUAGAUCACAAAAUCCAGUACAUCCCGGCCUAUCAUUCUAUUGACCAGCCCGCUGUUCAUGAACGACUGCCUGCCUGCCUGCCCAUCUCAGUUAGACACGGGUAGCUACCCGUCAGUCGGAGAAUUUACCCUGCCCCUGUCUCUUCCCUUUUCUCUCGGCUUGAAGUAGGCAGCCGAACAAAAAUCUCCUUUCGGGCCUCCCUCCUGUCGAGGGUCUGUGGGUCUGUUUGUCUGUUUGUGAGGGAUGGAUAAAGGAGUUCGAGGAUCUGUGGACUGCCGGAGAGGUGGCUUCACGGGAAGAGGGGGAGGGGAUGGCACGUGGAUGUGAGUGAAGGCGGUUGAGGAGUGAAC